AUGGAAUUAACUUCUGAGCAGGUAACAAAAUCAACAUCUGAGCAAUCAAACAGUAGUGAAAAUAUUUCACAAACAAGUACAGAAGUAAAUAUUGAAAAUACUGAAUUUAUUGAUGAAACCACUAAAGAUAUAUUUAUAAGUUCUGCUGACAACAAUCAGUUUACUUUUGAAUCGGUUACACAAAUGGAUAGCAAACCAGAUAAUAUAAAAUUUAGAACACAAAGUUAUUACAAAAGCUUCUCCAACAGUCUUUCGGGACGUCCUCAAUUUAGACAAGUAGGACAAUUUAACGAUGGAAAAUCUUAUGUUUUAACCGAAAAUAUAAAAAGUUCGUUGGUUGAAACCGUUUUAACAGUUAUAAUCGAAGACAUUAAUGAUAAUAAGCCAAUAUUUGAAUAUCCACCACCUGAUACAAAAUUUGUUAUUGGUUAUCCUGAUGUAGAAGUAUCGAAUAAUAUCCUUCCGCAAUAUUUAAUAAAAGUUAAUGCAACCGAUUUAGAUAUCGGUUUAAAUGCUUUGAUACGUUAUAAAUUAGAUAAUCCAGAUUUUGGAAUCGAUGAAGAGACCGGCAUUAUAUAUCCAUAUUCAGGUGCUAUGGAAAAUUCAAAUGAAAUCAGCUUAACUGUGUAUGCUGUGGAUCGUAAUGGAGAAAUGGAAGGAAGCUUAAAUAGUUCUGUGAAAAUUAUUGUAAAAAAAAUUCAUUCAUAUCAAUUGAUUCUAUUAGAAUUUCAAGGAAAUCAAAUGGAAAAUGUUGACGAAUUAUUAAAUGAAGUGAGUAAAAAUAAGGGAUUUGAUUUAAUACCGUUGAAAUGGGCCACUGUCCCUAAUUUAACAGCUACAAAUAAACAAUCUCUAUUACAUCAAAUGAUAGCCAGAAUACAUAGGAUUUUCGGACCAGCUUAUAGUCAAAAAACAACAUUAAAAGUUUGGACAUAUGCCAUUAAUGAAAAUGCUGAUUUCGUGAAAAGUGAUAAGAUUAUAGAGAAGCUUUCUGGAAGUUCUGAUGUUAUAGCUGCAUCUUAUGAAGAUACAGUAAAAUAUGCUGACGCGAGUCGUGAUGUAACUGCUUUUAUAGUUGGAAUUGUAAUUUUAUCAGUAAUUUGUAUAGGAUGCUUAGGUUUUAUCUCAUGGGUUGUCUAUUUCCGAAAAGCUUUAUAUGAGAAAACAUCUUCAACUAGUCGUUCAGAAGUUUCGUCUUUUGCUGCUAGUUUAGAAACUAAUUCAACUGAACCUGAGAAAGAUUCAUCUACACAAAGUUCGAAUAAUGUAAAACGAGAUACAAUGAAAAUUGCUGGAACGACAACACAAGAAACAUCUGAUUAUCAAACAAGAAUGUUAGAAUUAUUAAAUGAUCGAAAUCACAAAGAAAAUGAUGAUAAUUAUGAAAAUAAUUCUGGUAAUGAAAAUUUUGAAUGUGAUGAAGAAGGAACGAUACCCAAUGGUGAUAUCGGUGGUGAAAGAAGAAAAUCAGUGGUUAAAUUUAAUGAAUUAGUAGAACGAAUUGAAAUUGAAGAUAGAAGGGGCAGUCAAAAUAGUGGUAUAAGUUCUGAAAGAUUAUAAAUUAUUAGAAUUAUUUCCUAUUAUU